AUCACAAAAGGGCCAUCACGUUUCCUUUCAUCGACCACUCUCAAAACCAGAAGAACCCUAGAUUUAUCCGAAGACGGCCAUCGCUUUGAUCUCCUCCGUCGAUUCUUCCGCAGCUCGUGUCCAUCUCACUCAUAUAUAGACAACAGAAAGAAGAGAGUGCGCCGUUGGCACUCCGGCGGAGGAUGGAGAAGACGGCGUACGAAAUGCUGGAAGAGACAAGGACGUCGAUGGAAGAGAUAGCGGCGAAGAUGCUCUUCAUCAAGAAAGAAGGAAGGCCUAAAGCCGAACUCAGAGAGCUUAUUACUCAGUUCUCUCUCCUCUCUGUCUUUCUCCGCCAGAUAAAUCGUUCCAUCUUGCUCGAGGAAGAUCGUGUAAAAGCAGAAACAGAAAGGGCAAAGGCACCAGUAGACUUUACUACCCUGCAACUUCAAAACUUGAUGUAUGAGAAAAAUCAUUACAUGAAAGCCAUAAAGGCUUGCAAAGAUUUCAAGUCAAAGCAUCCAGACAUAGAGCUUGUGCCCGAGGAGGAAUUUUUUAACAAUGCACCAGAAGAAAUUAAAGGAGGUGUUCUUGCAGAGGACAAUGCACAUGACUUGAUGCUAAAGAGGCUCAAUUUUGAGCUAUUCCAGCGGAAAGAACUGUGCAAACUUCAUGAGAAACUGGAAGAACGCAAAAGAAGCCUUUUGGAAGUGAUUGCAAACCGGAAGAAGUUCUUGUCGAGUCUUCCUUCGCAUCUGAAAUAUCUUAAGAAAGCAUCCUUGCCAGUGCAGCAGCAACUAGGGAUUCAACAUACCAAGAAAUUAAAGCAGCAUCACUCAGCAGAGUUACUUCCACCUCCCCUUUAUGUUAUUUACUCGCAGUUCUUAGCCCAGAAAGAGGCAUUUGGAGAGAAUAUUGAUCUGGAAAUCCUUGGAAGUAUGAAGGAUGCUCAAGCUUUCGCCAACCAGCAAGCAAAUAAGGACACAGAUAUAGGUACAAUCACAGAGAACAGCAGGUAUGAGGAUGAUGCACCUGACGAGGAGGAAGAUGGCCAAAGAAGGAGAAAGCGGCCAAAGAAGGUUCCAAGCAGGGAGAGCCUUGACCAUGCAGGAGUUUAUCAAUCUCACCCACUUAAAAUUGUCCUCCAUGUGUAUGAUGAUGAGGCUUCAGAUGCAAAGCCUGUUAAGUUAAUCGCUCUGCGGUUUGAGUACUUGUUGAAGUUGAAUGUUGUAUGUGUUGGAAUUGAAGGGUCAGAUGAAGGACCUGAGAGCAACAUUUUAUGCAAUUUAUUCCCUGAUGACACUGGUGUUGAUCUUCCUCAUCAGACAGCUAAGCUCUUUGUUGGUGACGCCGUUUCAUUCGAUGAAAGGAAAACCUCACGUCCGUAUAAGUGGGCACAGCAUUUGGCUGGAAUCGACUUUCUGCCUGAGGUAUCGCCUCUGCUUACAGCAUCCGAAGCUCGAAGCAGUGAAGCUCAGAAAAGUGCUGCCAUUCAAUCUGGACUUUCUACGUAUCGUCAGCAGAAUCGUGUACAAACAGUUGUGCAAAGGAUCCGCUCUCGGAAAAAGGCUCAUCUAGCUCUUGUGGAGCAACUUGAUUCCUUAACGAAGCUUAAAUGGCCCCCAUUGAUUUAUGAAAACGUCCCAUGGGGUUUGCAUACUGCUUCCUGUACACUGCAAAGUUGGUUGUCUGUCGGGUCCACACCCAUUCAGGCUUCAUCAUCUUUGUCUGCUGUUGCUACAGAAAAAAUUCCCAACUCAUUAGAGCUUGACAUGGAUGGGAGAUCUGCGGCAUUCAGGGAAGAUGUAGAGAGUGCAAGGGAGGAUGGAGAACUUCCAAUCGUUCUCCAGGCUCCAACCCUUCUAAAUGAUUCUAAACUUUCUUCGUCUAGAGGGUCUGACCUUGAACAUUCGAGACACCUGGCUUUGAUUUCAAAGAGCAUGAUGCCUGGCAAUAAGGGAAGAUCUAUGAGUUUCAAAAAACCCGAGGACAAUAUGGAUCUCAUAUUAGACAGUGAAAGUGAUCUGGAAGAGCUGGUAUUUGUUGAACGAGAAACGGAAAAUGCAGCAAGUACAGGAGGCCAUGAGAUGGUUGGAAAUUCCUGGGAGGACUAUGCUGUCAGGGAGUUCUGUCUUGUUUUGAGUAAGAAAACAGAGAGAAAUGAGAGGCAUAUAAAUUUGGAAGCCAAGAUCAAGAUCAGCAUGGAAUAUCCUCUUAGGCCACCUCUAUUCACUUUGAGGUUGUCCACAGUUAUUUCUGGAGAAACUUCCUUUGAUGCAGCAGGAGGUGAUUCUGGCUCAUGUGAGAAAGAUAGCUUUGGAUGGUAUAAUGAACUUCGUGCUAUGGAAGCUGAGGUCAAUCUUCAUAUCUUAAAGAUGGUUCCUCCAGAAUAUGAAGACCACAUCUUAGCUCACCAAGUACACAGCCUGGCAAUGCUGUUUGAUUUUCAAAUGGAUCAGGCAUCCGCAUUGUCGGUAUCUAGGAAGAGCACUUCUGUAAUUGAGGUUGGGCUAUGCAAGCCUAUCGGUGGAAGAAUUCUCACAAGAUCUUUCAGGGGAAGAGACCGAAGGAAGAUGAUCUCUUGGAAAGAUGUGGAAUGCACGCCAGGUUAUCCUUACUAGCGUUCGCAGGGCUCACAAUCCAAGGUGGCUGCUGAUCAAGUUCUUGUGUUGCAGUCCCUGGCCCUCAACUAUCCUAUUUUCCAAGAUGGAAUCAGCAAAAUUUUCUUUUGGAUGCAGCAUCAGUUGGAUGGCAUCAAGGUCACAGUUGUGAGUUGUGGAAAUCGGUGUGGAUCUUUGUGUACUUUUGAUCCUUGUGUGAAGGACGAUAACUGGGGCACUAUGA